AAGAUUCGAACUCCCAGAAAAGCAGCUAAAAUUUGAAGCUUUCUUCAACCUCAUUGCUUCAUUCUUCAACUUCCCUCCUCGACUAGGGUUUUAAACCCAGAAAAAACACUAGAAAAAGGGUUUUUCAAUUUCCCCCUAAAAAGUUUUUCCAAUUUCACAAUCGCGCCAAAUUGGUGUACCCAAUUCUCUUAAUUUCGUUCUCUAAACCCUUUCAAUUUCCAAAUGCUACAUUUUCUCUCUCCUUCAUUGUUCAAGAUUUAACCAUGUCUUUCUCUUUAUUCUCAACUCCCCAACAGCAACAACAAUCCCCUUUCCAAUUGCAAACGCAACCCCAACAGCAAACGAGUAUCUUCUCGCAUCAACAAGCCAACCCCUUCUUGCAGCAACAGCAACAACAGCAGCAGCAACAACAGUUUCAAUUCCAACAACAGCAACAACAACAACAGCAGCAACAGCAACAGCAACAGUUGUUUCUGUUUACAAAUGAGAAAACCCCGGCAAGUUAUAGCAGUAAAUGGGCAGAUCUCCAUCCCGACUCCCAGAAAGUUCUCUUGCAAAUUGAGGAGAGAAUACUGGAGUAUAGAGGUGAGAGUCAAAGAUUAGAUCAAUGUAGCCGCCUUUUUGAUUCUUCGGUCUCUAAUAAUACUUUCGAGCUCGAUGCUAGCCGCAUUGUUCAGGAACUAGGUGGAAUUAGUACAUCAAUGGAAAGACAGAAGGUGUCACUGCAGGAGUUGAUGGCUGUUGUGAAAGAAAUGCUAAGAAAUGCCGAGAUUGCUAUCCGUUCUUUUAUGAUUCUUCGGCCUAGGUUCCUUCAUCAAAAGGCUGGCACUGCUUCAAAUUCUACUGCACCAGCUCAAACCCCUGGUGCAAUAACAGCACCUGGCGGUUCAGGUCAAGCUGCUGCUAGCUCUAUGGUGCCAUUUGUUGAUUUUUACAGUGGGAUUCCAAAGAAACCAUCUCCAUUUAUGCAGCAAACAGUUGGCAGAUUCGAGAAGUACCUUGGGGAAUGCCGACAAUGGAUUGAAGAGUUAGAGCAGCUUCUUCUCUCAGAUUCUGACCGAAAUUCCAUAAAUUUCAAUUCAUCAGUUUUGCAGUCUUUUCCUAAAGUUUUGGCCAAUGUGCAUGAAUUUUUUGUCCACGUGGCUGCUAAGGUCGAAAGCAUUCAUCAGUACAUCGAAUCCAUGAGAUCAGCAUAUCUUGCUGACCAGCGACAUCGUGGGGAUGUUGGUGAUCCAUUUUUAGAAGCUGACAGGCGUGAGGUGGCCAGACAAGAAGCAGCUGCUAAAAGAGUGCAUCCAACAUUGCAUCUUCCAGCAGCAACACAGCCAACAACUCAGGUUGCUGGGUUGUUUGCUAGCUCAGGGGCUCCUGGUGUAUCAACUACCCCACAGACUUCUGGAGCACCAGUGUCAUCUUCAUCUGGAACAGGGUUUUCUCUUUUUGGAGCUACUCCUGCUAGCACGUCCUCAUCAUCCCUGUUUUCAACCCCUGGUAAUGCACCGACUUCAACAUCCUCCCUCUUUAGUGGUAGUGCUCCGGCUUCAACACCCUCCCUCUUUGGUGGUAAUGCUCCGGCUUCAACACCCUCUCUCUUUGGUGGUAGUGCUCCGGCUUCAACACCCUCCCUCUUUGGUGGUAGUGCUCCGGCUUCAACACCAUCGCUUUUUGGUGGUAGUGCUCCGGCUUCGACACCCUCCCUCUUUGGUGGUAGUGCUCCGGCUUCAACACCCUCCCUCUUUGGCAGUAGUGCUCCUGCUUCAACCCCCUCCCUUUUUGGUGGUAGUGCUCCGGCUUCAACCCCCUCCCUCUUUGGUGGUGGUGCUCCGGCUUCUACACCUGCGGGAAACACUCUCUUCUCAACGCCUUUUGGUACAGGUGCUGCAUUAGGAUCAGGGUCAAGCUUCAAUGCUACAAAUAGAGCUAAGCCAAGGUCUCGUACUUCUCGGCGGUAAUACGAGCAUGUGAAAUCAAGAAUUACUGAGAUUUAUCUGCGAAGUUCUGAAAUGCCCGUGAAGCCGGAUAUUCUGAAAUUUCUCAAAGGAAUACCGACACCAGUGUUUGCCUCUUGAAGUGGAGUUGCUUCUGCAUGAUUGUUGCUGCAGUGGAGCACAACACAUUGAAAUUUGUAGAAUAAGCAUUGAUUUAGGUAUUAGAAUUCCUUUUGUAGAUGACAGAUUACCCCUCCCCCCGAAAAGAAAAAGGAAAGUGUUGUAGUACCGAAAGAAGGUAAAAGAAAGCCGAAGUACUUGAUGCAGAAGAGUGUUUCAAAUUGCAUUGGGGGGAAUGGGGGGUUAUCUUGUUUGUUAAUUCAUUCAACAAUUGUCUUGUAACGAGUUCUUAUAGGUUUUGUGAAAGCUUUGUUAAGUGUUUGAUUUUCAUAAUGUUCAUAGCUCAAAUUUUGGGAGAUUGUACGGUGGUCGUUUAUUUUUAAUAAAAGAUUUCCAGCAUCCAGAUAUCCUUUUGACUAA